UAGUAUUACUUUUGAUUUCACUUUUUGUUUCUUGUUCUAGUUCCAUUUUAUCAGUACAAUGAUACUUUAAAAGAUUUACCACUGGGAUAUAGUGCAGCAAUACAGUGUGUGAAUAUCUUAUUAAUAAAUGGGACUACCAUAAAAUGGACUGAUUCAAAUGGUUCUGUUGUCAGUAACAAUAAUACACUAAUACUACCUAAUGUGGUACCAUCACUUAACAACACUGAAUAUACUUGUACUGUAGAAGUAAAUGCUAACCCAGUGACUUGCAGUUUACCAGACAACAAGACAAUUAUCAUUGAUAUUAAAAGGACAUAUGUGAGUUCAAUCGUGAUGUCUUCUCAGUUAUCAUUCCUAAUCAAUUCAACAGUAAAGAUUGAUUGUUUCAUUCUUCUUAAUACUCCUGUUGGUCCUGGUAUUCAACCCAUUGUCAGUUGGUAUCAUAAUAUGACUAAUAUUACACACCAUAGUUCAUUAUUGAGAAACUAUGACUUUCUCUUCAUUUCAAUACUAAAUAUUGAUUCUAUACAAGUAUUUGAUGCUGGAGUAUAUCGUUGUAAUGCUGGGAUUGAUUCUAAUGUAACUACUAACAAUAUCAGUGUAUGUGUAACAGUUAAUGAGACACUACCAUCAGUAACAGAAGAACUCUCCCUUGGUCAGUAUUAUUCAAUUGAUUGUAUCACUGGACCAGUACCUACUGGAGUAUCAGUAUCCUGGCUAAUUACUGAUGGUUCUAUUUAUAGUAACAAUAAUACACUAAUGAUACCAUCAGUACUACCAUCACAUAACAAUGCACAAUAUACUUGUACAAUAAUGUUUGAGACUAAUCCUUCGGACUGUAGUACUCAAUCACAGGUCAUUACAUUGAGAGUGACAGCUGCUUAUAUUAAUUUAGUGACUAUAACACCCUCUUCAAUAGUCAGAUUCAUUAACUCUUCAGUAGUACUGGCCUGUACUAUCAGUCUUAAUACUGGGAUAGGUCCUGAUACAUCAUUCAUUAGUCAUUACUGGUAUCAGUAUAGCACUGAUAUUAGUGAUAGGAGUACACAACUGAUGAUUAGUGGUGACAGUAAGAGUCUGGUAACAACACUGAAUAUUACUAGUGUUCAACUCUCUGACGCUGGAGUAUAUCAGUGUAGAGCUAGUAUUGAUGGUAAUAAUACUGUUGUAAGUAGUACAGAAGAUCUUUGUAUUAAAAUUCCUGUCAUAAAUAGUCUUUUUGAUACUAAUCUAAGACUAGGAGAUGUUAGAGAGUAUGAUUGUACAUUAGGGUAUAAUUAUAGACAAUCAGAAGUUGUUGUAGCAUGGCAUGAUUAUACAUCUAAUAGAGUGUUUAACAAUCCUCUCAUAUUAACAGUGGAUCAGUCAAUCAACAAUACAGUGUAUAUUUGUAGUUUGCUAAAUAUUAAAAAUCCAAUUAACUGUCCUUUUCAACAAGCGAAUGUAUCUAUUACUGUGAAAGAUACAUUUAUAACGACAGUGGUGACUAAUAUUGACUCAUUAAUUUUAUCAAAUACUUCUCACCACUUGGAGUGUCAUAUUACUACUAACACUGAUAUUAACACUACUAAUACUGAUAUUAACAGUAUAGUUAAUGUAUCCUGGUAUAGAGACAAUGGUAAUGAGAACAGACUAGUAUCAGACAGUGAAGGAGUAUCUAUACUACCCAUUGUGUCUGUUACUGAUACAUCAUUUAUUAGUACACUGAGGUUCAGUCCAAUAACAUCAUCAACUCCAGUAUCAACACUUGGUAAUUACACUUGUGUAGCAUGGAUAGGAGAACAAUCAGUUAGAAAUAAAACAUCAAAUAAUGUACAAGUUAUGAUGAAAAUCAAUAAUUCUAGAGAUGUUGUUAGCAUGUCUUUGAGUGAAUAUACAGUUGGAGACAGUUUUAAUGCAACCUGUAUGAUUACUGCUUAUCAAUUAUCACCUCCUAUUGCUACUAAGGGUAUUAUUGACAUCAUACACAACAAAAGGAUCAUUAGGUCAGGUGCAUUUGAUAUUGGUGCCACUGGUAGUCACAAACAAUCUUUAAACAUUCCCUUCACUAAUUUCAAAUUAUCAUAUUCAGGAGGAUAUUAUGCUUGUUCCUAUAUUCGUAGUAAUAAUUCAUUUGUUCAAUUAAGUGAUGUUAAACAAUCAGCUACUAUUCAAAUAAAUAUUAAAAUUCCAAUUAACAGUACGUCACUGGUUCUCAAAUUACCUACAAAACCCUUUCAUGAAGUUGGUAGUAAGGUCACACUCUCUUGUAAAGUUACUGAGCCUAACUCACCACUGGUUGAUAUUGAUACUGCUGUUAAUAUUAAAUGGAGUUCUAAUACAAAUGUUAACCAGCAAUACUCUAUUCGUCCAUACAAUAAAUAUUUCAAUUACACUCUCACUAAUAUAAAGCUCUCUGAUGCUGGAGAAUAUAGUUGUACAUAUUAUCUCAAUAGUACAAUUAACAAUCCUUAUAUAAUGCCAAGUGAUGUCAGAACAGGAGUGACUAAUGUAACAAUUAAAAUUCCUAAUGGUAAUAAUCCAUCAAUUGCUCCAUUAUAUCCUUAUUAUAAUGUUGGUGACAACAUUAGCCUCAUUUGCUCUGUCACUUAUCCACACUCUCCUCUUAUUGAUAUUGCUACUAAUGUGAACAUACAAUGGCUCAAUUCCUCUAAUCACACUCUACACUCAUAUACUGGUAUCAAUAAUAAUACUGAACACACUAUCAGCUACACUAUCAAUAAUGUGUCAUUAUCUGAUGCUGGACAAUAUACUUGUCAGUACAAUAUAUCAA